UCUUGCCAAGAGCUAUGAUUGGCCUAUUUUGGAAUUGUGGAGUGCUUGGGAUCCCACGGUUUGGCUGAUCUCUUCAAAUAACUAUUUUGGUUUCCGUAUGAAAGCUAUUAUUGAUGAAGGUAAUGUGAUCCACAUAGAAUGGUUGGUUUUAUGGUCAUCAAGUAAUGAGCUAGAGUCAUCGAUCUUGGUCUAUAUUGAACAAUCAAACACAGCAUUCAUUCCUAGCAUGGAUCUGUUGCGUGAUUUUGAAGAAAUUGUCUCAAAAUGUGUGGAAGGUGUAAAAUAUUUUGCAGAAAGGUGA